AUGGGCUCCUGUCAGAGCAGCGAGAACGCCGAAGGAAAUGCCAGAAACAAGGAGAUCGAGAAGCAGCUCAACGCCGACAAACGCGCCGGCAGCAGCAUCGUCAAACUCCUGCUACUCGGCGCCGGCGAAUGCGGCAAAUCGACAGUUCUCAAGCAGAUGCAAAUUCUCCACAGCAACGGAUUCUCCGAAGAAGAGGUGAAUGAGAAGAGGGCGAUCGUUUUCAACAACACCGUCUCGUCGAUGUGCACAAUUCUCAAGGCGAUGGACGGAGUCCUUCACAUACCACUGGAAGAUUCUGACAAAGAGAAUCUGAAAUCGGUGGUGCUUCGAGUGCAAGAAGCCGGCGAAGAAAGCGAGCCGCUUUCAGAUGAGGUGUCGAAGGCGAUUCAAGCACUAUGGAGCGAUCCCGGUGUGAAAAGAGCGUUCGAGAUGCGCAGCGAAUACCAACUGCCCGAUUCGGCCAAAUAUUUUCUCGACAAUUGCGCCCGAAUUUCCGAGCCCGGCUAUCGGCCAAGCGAGCAGGAUAUUCUCUAUUCUCGCGUCGCCACCACCGGCGUCGUCGAGGUGAAAUUCAAGAUCAAAGAGCUCGAUUUUCGCGUUUUCGAUGUGGGUGGUCAGCGAUCCGAGCGGAGAAAGUGGAUUCAUUGCUUCGACAACGUCGAAUCCAUUAUUUUCAUCACUGCCAUUUCCGAGUAUGAUCAAGUGCUUUUUGAAGAUGAGACUACGAAUCGAAUGAUCGAAUCGAUGCAAUUGUUCAAUUCGAUUUGCAAUUCGACGUGGUUCCUCUCGACGGCAAUGAUUCUUUUCUUGAACAAAAAAGAUUUGUUUAUGGAGAAGAUUCAACGCGUCAAUAUCACCACGGCGUUUCCGGAUUACGAAGGCGGCCAGAAUUAUGACGAGGCGGUGGCGUUCAUCAAAAUGAAGUUCGCCGAGCUGAACUUGAAUCCCGAUAAGAAGACGAUCUAUAUGCAUGAGACGUGCGCGACAGACACGAAUCAGGUGCAACUGGUCAUUUCGAGUGUCAUCGACACGAUCAUUCAGAAGAAUCUCCAGAAGGCUGGAAUGAUGUAA